GCAGCAGCAGCAGCAGCAGGACGGAGGGUAGGCUGAUAACACAAACAGAGCAGACACUGAGCGGGGUUUAGCUGUGUUUAUAGCACGGGUACAGACAGAUGGUGAACCGCGGGCUGCUGCUGGGUGUGCACAGGCUUUAAACAGCAUGACUCCGCUGAUUAGGAGAGUCCGCGGGCCGCGGUUACAGACGCAGGUUUAAAACAGCGGAGCGAGGGGUCCGCUCGGCGGAUCUCCGCCGCCGCGGCUCGGUUAGCCUAGCCUCUCUGCUGCAGGACCUGCAGAUAUUAGUGCUGACUUGUCAUUUUAACCGCUGGGGUUUUCUACUCGAUGAUAGUUUCUGCUGCUGGUCUACCCCAAGCCUAAGACGGACUCAAUGGCCCAAUUUGGGGGGCAGAAGAACCCUCCGUGGGCGGCUCAGUUUGCCGCAACAGCGGUGUCUCAACCUGGCCACUCAGGACAGUCCCUUGACCUGAACAGUUUACAUUCUUUAGGUGUUCAGCAGCCAUCUCUCCUGGGUGCUUCCCCCUCCAUGUACUCUCAGCAGUCUGCUUUGGCUGCAGCGUCCCUCAACACACAGUCAGCUGCCAAUUAUCAGAUUUCCCAGCAGACUGCAGCCCUCCAACAGCAGGCUGCUGCAGCUGCUGCAGCUGCACUGCAACAGUCUCAGAUCAAUUCAGCCCUGCAGCAGUAUCAGCAACAACAGCAGCAACAACAGCAGCAGCCCCCUCAAGCUCCCCCACCACAGCCGCCCCCUCAGCAGACCCUCUACAAUGUUCCUCACCAGCUCCCUCAACCUCAGCCUGCUCUGCUUUCUCAGCCCCCUGUUGCUCUGCCUACAAGUCUGAGUUUGUCAAACCCACAGCAGACAGCCCAGAUCACAGUCUCCUACCCCACUCCCCGCUCCAGCCACCAGCAGCAGACCCAGCCCCAGAAACAACGGGUCUUUACUGGGGUCGUCAACAAACUGCAUGAUACAUUUGGCUUUGUGGAUGAGGAUGUUUUCUUCCAGCUGAGUGCGGUAAAGGGCAAAACACCACAGGUUGGUGAUCGUGUCCUUGUGGAGGCUGUCUAUAAUCCCAACAUGCCAUUCAAGUGGAAUGCCCAGCGCAUUCAGACUUUACCUCAGUUACCCAACCAAGCGCACCAGGCGCCCCAGCCCUUACCUCAGGUUUCCCCACAGCUGUCCAGCUUUUACUCUGAUGCAGGAGUGCAGCGCUAUUCUGACAUACACUCUGCGGUGGACACAAGACCAAAUAGUCAGCCUCCUGGCCCCAACAUGAUCAAACCAGGUCCCUCCAUGCUCCAGUCUCUACCUCCACCUACUACCUUCAGCGUGCCGACCCAGGGUCCCCCUCCCUCUCUGCUUCAGGCCCAGCUUUCUGCAGCCUCUCUUGCACCACUCCUGCAGAAUCCCCCUCAGCCUCUCUUGCCUCAACCGCCCCCAAAAGAGUCCGUGUUUUCAGGGGGGUUACUGCAGCCACCUGUUCGUAUGAUGCACCAACCACAGCCUGUGAGACGCUUGGAUCCAUCUCCUCGCUUUCCCAGCCGUAGUGACCGACCAGAGCUCAUAUUGAGAAAAGACGACCGGAGUCGGGAAAGAGAGAGAGAACGGCGAAGAUCAAGGGAGCGUUCUCCUACACGCAAGCGUUCAAGAGAUCGUUCCCCUCGAAGAGAAAGGUCUCCAAGGCGUCCACGCAGAGUUGUACCAAGAUAUACAGUUCAGUUCUCAAAAUUCUCACUUGAUGGCUACAGCUGUGACAUGAUGGAGCUUCGGCGGCGGUAUCAGAGCCUGUACAUCCCAAGUGACUUCUUUGAUGCUGUGUUCACCUGGGUGGACGCUUUUCCGUUAUCUCGACCUUUUACUUUUGGAAACUACUGUAACUUCCACAUCAUGCAUAAAGAGGUGGACUCCUUGGUGAAGAACACAGCUGUGCUGGAUCCUCCUGAUGCCAACCACACCUAUAGUGCUAAGGUUAUGUUGCUUGCCACCCCCAGUCUGGAAGAACUGUAUCAUAAGUCUUGUGCCCUGGCUGAAGACCCCCAGGAGCUGCGGGACACUUUCCAGCAUCCUGCCCGCCUCAUUAAGUUCCUGGUCGGAAUGAGAGGCAAAGAUGAGGCCAUGGCCAUCGGUGGCCACUGGUCUCCCUCCCUGGAUGGAGCUGACCCAGAGAACGAUGCCUCAGUCCUUAUAAAGACAGCAAUACGUUGUUGUAAGGCUCUGACAGGCAUUGAUCUGAGUUUAUGUACCCAGUGGUAUCGUUUUGCAGAGAUUCGCUAUCAUCGCCCUGAGGAGACUCACAAAGGGCGCACAGUUCCCGCACAUGUGGAGACAGUGGUUUUAUUUCUCCCGGAUGUUUGGCAUUGUCUUCCUACCCGCUCAGAGUGGGAAGGGCUGUCCCGCGGACUCAAGGAGCAGCUGGCAGAAAAACUCUUGGCUGAACGGAAGGAGGCUGAUGGAGAACAGGAAGAAGAGGAGAAAGAUGAUGAUGAUUCAAAAGAGGUUACCACACCCACACACUGGUCUAAACUUGAUCCGAAGUCCAUGAAGGUAAAUGACCUGCGUAAAGAGCUGGAGAGCCGAACUCUGAGCUCAAAAGGGCUGAAGUCCCAGCUGAUUGCUCGGCUCACUAAGCAGCUGAAAGUGGAGGAGCAGGUGGAGGAAUCCAAAGAGCCAGAGAAGACUGAGUCUGCUGGUGUAGAGGAGGAGGAGCCACCCAGAGCAGAGGAAGACCGGGAGGUGAGAGAAGAGACAACCUAUGAGAAUAACUACGCCAACAGAAAGGAGGAGGAACGUAAACGGCAAGAAGAACAGGAGCGACAGCGCAGGGAGAGGCGUUAUGUCCUCCCAGAUGAGCCCACCAUUAUUGUCCACCCGAACUGGGCAGCCAAAAAUGGCAAGUUUGACUGUAGCAUCAUGUCUUUGAGUGUGCUGUUGGACUACAGGCUGGAAGACAAUAAGGAACAUUCUUUUGAGGUCUCACUCUUUGCUGAACUGUUCAAUGAGAUGCUUCAGCGUGACUUUGGCUACAGGAUAUACAAAGCUCUUGCUUCUCUUCCGAGCAAGGAUGAGAGAAAAGAAAAGAAAGAGAAGGCAAAAAAAGAGGCAGAGAGGAAAGAAGUAGAACGCAGAGAUGCUAAGAAGGACAGAGAAGAGGACAAUGGUGAGCCUUCCACAAAGAAACAGAGGGAGGAUGAGGAUAAGAGGAGGGAUGUUGAGAAGGAGAGGGUUCUGAAGAAAGAGGAAUCAAAAGAUGAAGAUGAUAAUGAGGAUGAAAGCAGCAACAACAAUGCUGAUGAGUAUGAUCCGAUGGAGGUGGAAGAUGCAGAUGACUAUGAUGAUGAUGAUGAUAAAGAUGAUGAAGACUCCAACGGACGGGAUAGGAGGGAUGACCGCCGGGAUGACAGAAAAUCUAAAGACAGGGCCUCUAAAGAUAAAGAUGAAAAAAAGAAACAGAUGGUGACAUUUGAUAAAGAUCUGUUGAUGGCAUUUGUGUACUUCGAUCAAAGUCACUGUGGCUAUUUACUGGAGAAAGAUCUGGAGGAAAUUAUGUACACACUAGGCCUGCAUCUUUCUAGAGCCCAGGUGAAAAAACUGUUGAAUAGGCCAGUAGUGAGAGAAUCGUGCUACUAUCGUAAACUAACUGACAGAGCUAAAGAUGAGCCCAACCCAGCAGCGACUCUUGAUUCUCAAAUUGAAAACCUCCUAGGCAAUCGACCUUUGCUGCCCAAUCAGAAGACAAAGCGCGAGACGGAGGAUGGCGCAGAGUCAGGAAGUCUCAUUGUUUAUAACGGCGCUAUGGUGGACGUGGGCAGCAUGUUACAGAAACUGGAGAAGAGUGAGAAAUCCAGAGAGGAGAUUGAGCAGAAACUCAUGCAGCAGGACACUAAAAUGGAUGAAGAUGCUAAGCAUAUGUCUGAAGUGGAAUCAACUAACCGCAGUCUGAUGAGAGAGCUGGAUCAGGUUAAAAACAAUCUGAAGGAGACGGAGAAAAGCCUCAGAGCCUCGGAACAGCAGAAGAGUGUCUAUCUGCAGCAGCUGAAUAGCUCACUCUCUAGCCUCAGCACAGUCAUGAAGGACCUGCAGAGUGUCUUACCUAAUGGCGAUCAUCCUGAAGAUGGUGAGCAGAAAACUCAAGCUAACGGCUCAGAUGACUGAACUGCCUUUUGCACCUGUCUGUCUCGUGUUGUUCCCUCAGAUGUGUAAAUAAGCACUAAAUUCAUUUAAUUUGAAGCUAGUUUUUGAUAAAUGUUUUUCAUUUUGUUGUUGCCAUGUACAGAAUUUUAAAGACAAGAGGAGAACACUGUAACGUUAUAUUCCUCCUCGGAAUCCUUUGUCAAGCAAAAAUAAUUUGACAGCUAUUUUUUUUUCCCGAAAACCUACGUAAAUUAUCUUCAUUACAAUAAUAAAAAACUCCUGAAGUGUAUGUGAUAUUUAAGUCUUGUUUUAAGAUGUCAUUGAUCUUGGAAUACUACUCUAGAAAAACUUUCUUACCAGUUGCCAGUAAUUUUGUUGUGCCCAUCUUUUCCUUGUACACAAACUGUGCUGCGUGUGUCUGAGAGAGUGAGAGUGAUUUCUCCGUUUAAUUAGCAAUAAUGACAUUGUGUGUAAAGAGUAAAGAGAAUUGAAUUAUUUUUUUCCUGUAAGAACCUGGCAACAACUGCAUAAUGACUGCAGAGCCAGGCUCAGGGUGAUUUCUCUUUGUCAUACUGACACAGCUGAUGAGUAGUUGUAUUCUUUAAUGUUUAAUAUCUGUUAACACUUUGCUAACUUGCUGCUAACGUUUUUCUUGAUAUGCAUCUGAACUAAUGCAUGAGUAUUUGCUUAAUCCCGACUCUCUUUUUUUUUUUCUCUCUCUUUGUUGUUCUUUGUGGAACCCACUUUGUGGCAUUGAAUGAAUGGGGCCCCAAUUUUGGUUAUUUCAAAGGGAGAUUGCUCCCAGGCUAUCAUUGAUGGAGCUGUUGUCAUAGUUGAUUUUUGCAGAAGCACCUAGGAAAGUUAACUGCUUUGGAGAAUAUUCCAAAGUAGAAUUUCAUAAGAAUGUGUUGAAGCUGAUUUUUUUUUUCUUGUUUGUUUGUUUGAUCCAGUCAUCGGAGAUUGAUGCUGGCUAUGAUGAGUGGUGUAUGCUGAGUGGAAAAAGAGCCAAACUUAGUAACAAUGAGCCCAAAGCAACCAAGUGCAUAUUAUUUUUCUAUUUCAGAUGUACUACUAUGGUUGUCUAGUGUGAAAAUAAAAGUGGUUCAUUUUAA